AUGGAAUCAAUUAAAGAGCAUCGUAUUCAGGCAGAGAUUACCGAAGAAAAAAGUGUAGCCGUGUUCUCAGAUGGUCAAAGUUCAACAUGUGACAUACCUGGAACUGGAGAUAAGGAUGAACGCAGCGUUGCUGACAAGAUGCGCCAAAAUGGCACGAAUAUUGUUAUGGUGCCCACUGGAAAACCCGCGAAUAAAACAAAUGUGGAAGAUAUUGCGGAGGAUCCCAGCAAUGUACUAGACACUAAGCACGGGAAGGACGUUAUGGCAAAACCGAAUUCCGACGAGGCCAGGGAAAUGGAAGAUCGUUUGCUUGAUGCGCUAACAAAUCCAGUGGAACUCAAGCACACUACAGCUUCUCACGAAGAGACUGCAGAAACCGAAAGCAGUGAACCUCCUCAGGACGAAAGGGUCACCGGUUUCGAGAGAACGGUGGAGAGUGACCGCGAUGUUGUAACUCCACCAAUGGGAACAGGUGGUCCAUCCGUACAUAUCACGUCAACCAAAAACCCGGAGGAGCCCGAAAGCAGUGAACCUUCACAGGACGAAAGAGUCACCGGUUUCGAGAGAACGGUGGAGAGUGACCGCGAUGUUGUAACUCCACCAAUAGGAACAGGUGGUCCAUCCGUACAUAUCACGUCAACCAAAAACCCGGAGGAGCCCGAAAGCAGUGAACCUUCACAGGACGAAAGAGUCACCGGUUUCGAGAGAACGGUGGAGAGUGACCGCGAUGUUGUAACUCCACCAAUAGGAACAGGUGGUCCAUCCGUACAUAUCACGUCAACCAAAAACCCGGAGGAGCCCGAAAGCAGUGAACCUUCACGGGACGAAAGAGUCACCGGUUUCGAGAGAACGGUGGAGAGUGACCGCGAUGUUGUAACUCCACCAAUAGGAACAGGUGGUCCAUCCGUACAUAUCACGUCAACCAAAAACCCGGAGGAGCCCGAAAGCAGUGAACCUUCACAGGACGAAAGAGUCACCGGUGGUCCAUCCGUACAUAUCACGUCAACCAAAAACCCGGAGGAGCCCGAAAGCAGUGAACCUUCACGGGACGAAAGAGUCACCGGUUUCGAGAGAACGGUGGAGAGUGACCGCGAUGUUGUAACUCCACCAAUAGGAACAGGUGGUCCAUCCGUACAUAUCACGUCAACCAAAAACCCGGAGGAGCCCGAAAGCAGUGAACCUUCACAGGACGAAAGAGUCACCGGUUUCGAGAGAACGGUGGAUAGUGACCGCGAUGUUGUAACUCCACCAAUAGGAACAGGUGGUCCAUCCGUACAUAUCACGUCAACCAAAAACCCGGAGGAGCCCGAAAGCAGUGAACCUUCACAGGACGAAAGAGUCACCGGUUUCGAGAGAACGGUGGAGUGA